AUGAAGGGACUGUGCAUGUCGCUUAAGACAUGGUGGGCAAACAAAGUCAUUGUGGGUUCAAAGAUUUUCGAGUUAAACGACAACGUUGCGGGUUUGUUUGUUGGACAGAGUAUUUUGGCCAAAACGGUGUCGUUGCUCUUAACGGCACGCUGUACUGUUAGACCGCCAACAGCAGAGGAGCCAAACCCUACUUUUUGGGAGGAUACAAAGGGUCUAGCUCCUCUACGCAACUCCGGCGAUCUGCACCCCUCUUCUGGUGAUUACAGGCAACUCUCAAUUGAAUUCCAUUUAGGGUUUCGUGAUUUGAUAAAGAUCGGAGGGAUGAGUUCAAGUGCGACUUCAACAAAGGGUGGGGGAGGAAAGUCGAAGGCCUCGAAGUCUGUGUCGAGGUCUCAGAAGGCUGGUCUACAGUUCCUAGUGGGUAGGAUUGCUAGGUUCUUGAAGGCUGGGAAGUAUGCCAAGUGUGUCGGUGCCGGAGCUCCAAUCUACCUCUCUGUCGUCCUUGAAUACCUAGUUGUUGAGCUGGAGGUGCAGUACUGUCAAGUUUGCAAAUCAGGGGUAGCUGUAGCUCUAUACUAUUCUGGCAGAUUGUUGCUGAGAGCUGAGCUGCGAGCAAAGGAGCAGGAGCUAAGCUAUGAGAUACAGAGCACAGUAAAGAGAAGUUCACUCUGCAGCUGGAGGAAUAGCAAGUCCAAGUUUUGGGUUCUGUUUGUAGGCAGUCUAUGGUGUGUUAGGCCAUGGGCUGUUUUUUUGGCUGGGUAG